ACUAAUUUUGAUUCUAAAUUCUAACCAAACAAAAAAGUUGAGGUUGUUAAGUUAGAAAGAAGAACGAAGAACUCUGGAAAAAAGAACUAUUUCCAGAGCGAUUCCAUAUAAAAUAUAAAAUGUGGAACGUUUUAAUUAUAAGUCGCUUUUUAAAUUCAAAAAAAGUUCUUACCAAAGUUCUUAAUUCACUGCAUCGGAAUUUUUCUUCAGAACACAAAAUAGUAUCCACCAAAGAUGAGAGUACACUUGUAGCUUGGCACCCGAAACGGGACUUUCCUUACGAGUUCAGUAAACCUCUUCCAGAAGAAAAGAUAAAAGAGAAUCCUUCCGCGCUUAAAACUCAACUCACUUCAGAGCUGAUGUCAAUAUUUAACAAGAAGACUCCCGAACAAGCCAGACUCGAAUUGAUGAAUAUCACGCACACUACAAAACACAGGUGGUUCCCGAGAGCAAGAGAUAAAAAGGCCAAGAAAACGCCAAUGGACAGAGAAUAUUUAUAACUUGUCUUGACACAAAAUCGAUUUAACACAUUUUGUAUAUCUUAGAUCCAUAAUUUGUAAGACAAAUAAACUAUUACGGUUUCA